CAUAUAAAAAAAAAGACCCCUGUUAGCAGUGGCGUACGCAGGGGGAGCCGAGGCCCCCCCCCCCCCUUGAGACGAAAAAGUCCUGAAGGGGGGUACAGGAAAAAAUACUUUCGCAUGAUAAAAAAUUUUUUGUGCCAUGGCGGCCCCCCCCCCUUGAAAAAUUUCUGCGUAAGCCACUGUCUGUUAGCCUAACCUCUGUAGGAUAAAAAUAUGAAAAAACAUUGUAACUGGUCUUACUAAUCAUAGGAAGGUUAUUUCGACAUACAUUUCAUCACCAUCCUUUUAAUUAAUCCAAUAAGAAAGUAGUUUAUAUAUAUUAGAGUCAGAUGUUAUUGAUAUACGUUCUUCGAUUGUAUAUCAACAAUGUCUGUUGCGACUUGUAAUGAUUUCUGACUGCCAUCUGUGAGUAGACAAUGGUUCAAAUAUUUACCCGUAUACUUAAACAAUUUUCUUUAGAUUAUAUUUCAUAAAAUUCAUUGUGUUUUUUUUUUGUUUUUAGCUCGUCCAGCUGCUUCAUCAAUUGAAAGUCUUGAUGAAGUUGAAUCAUCUCCACAUUUACCUAUAGUUAAUCGAUCUCAUGAUUCUGGUUUAGCUGCAUCUGAUCAACCAUUUAAUGAUGAUAGUUCCGAAAUAAGUGAACAUUUUCGACGUAAUAUAAUACCUGUAUUAACACCAUUACCGGAUUGGACAUCAUCAAUAGUUUGUGGUAAAGGUAUUGUAUUAACAAGUAUAAUUAUAAAUAAUUCAAAUACAUCAAUAACACGACGUCGUAGUUCAAAAAAUACAUAUAAACCAUCAAAACAAUUUUUAGAACGAGAAAAACUAACAAAUAAUACAACAGAUGAUUCAGAUAAUAAUUCAAGUAUACGUUCAUCAUCAACAACAAUUCAUAAUAUAACAAUAGGAAAAUUAAAACGUUCAAAAUCUUUAUCACGUCAUUCAUCAUUAGGUAGUGGUGAACAUAAACACCAACACCAACAACAACAGCAACAACAACAAAAACAUUUAGCAAAAGAAUCUCGACGUUUAACAACUAAUGAUGUUAAACGUACAUCAUCAUUAAAACAAUUUCAUCAUUCAUCGGAUGAAGGAGGUGAUGAUGAUGACGAACAAAACAAUGCAUUAAUAUCGAAUAAAAAUAAAAAUUCCUUAACAAAUGAACGACGAACAAAAUUAACAAAACCAAAAACAAAUAUUAUUAAAAAAAAUAUUAAUGAAGAAAGCAUGACAACAAGGUUUGUUACAUAGACAAUCAAAUCAUAUUUUCUUUUUUAAUACAGAAUGAAAAUUCAAGAAUUUUUGAUAAUACAAUAGGACAUCUUUUUUAUGUUAAUUAUCUAUUAGGACUGAAUAGAAUGCAAUAGGACGAAAAAAAAGACGUUCUAUGAGAUCAGUUUGUUUGUCCUAUCGCUUGAAACAAUUUAUCUAAAGGCUUUCUUAUUCUAUCAUUUCCUUUGGAGAGUAGCUGAUUUGACAUGGAAUAUUUUAUAUCAAUCAUGUAAAUUCUACUUAUUUUUCAAAAACAAAAUUAUGGAUCUUGUUGAGUUCUUACAUAUACGAUAGUGAAUUUAUUGAGAUCUAUUUUAAUUUACUGAACUGAAUUGAAAUUUAGGAUUGAUUUUCCAUCGCUGUAGUCUUAGCUUCUGUUAAAUUUAUUUAAUUUUGCCAGAUUACUAAGUGUUAUUGAAAAUUCUUUCAUACUUUGCUGCUAUGUCAUAGAUUUUUUUCAGACUCUAUUGAACUUGAUAAUUAUUGAGAUACAUCAAAACUUUCAAUCUAUCAUUAGUUUUGUUUUCUAAAUGGAAACUUAUCGUAAAAAAAUUUCUUGGGAUCAUGACAUUUUAUUCAAAUAAUCAACAGUAUGUGUGAAAAUACUCGAAUAAGUCUCAAGCGCAUAGCACUUAAAAAAUAAGCAGUGUUUGUUUUCAUUGUUUAAACUUCUGUAAAAACAUGAAAAGUUUUUACAUAAAAGAAAAAAGAAAGAAACUAUUUCUAUUGAAAAGAGAAGACUCAUAAUCAGAUGAAAAAUUACCUUGAGUUCAUAUUUUAGGAAAUUCACAUUUUUUUUUUUUUCAUAAGAAAAAAAUCUUUGAUUAAAAAAAUUAAUCAAGUACAUUCAACUUCUUAUAAUCACUAUCAAUUUUCGUUUGAAUGAACCAGAUGUCGUGAUAUAAUUUAAUUGAAUAGAUCACUCUAUCAACUUCUAAUCACUAUUGAAUCGUUUUGUUUGUCUUGCUGAGCAACAGUAUAAGAGU